AUAAGCAAAACGAGACAAAUAAUCUAAUCAAUCUAUUUUCAUUUUCGCCUUCACAGCCUCCUCCCCAAACAGAGAAAACUUUGGUCGAAUUAUAUUUAAAUAAAAGUUAUGAUCAUAUAGAAAAGCCGCUGCUUGGAUCAAUUUCUCGAUCAUUGAGAAGUAAAUCGGUUUACUGUAGAAAAAUGUGUAACAAAAUUCGUUCUGAAGAGAGUUCUUAUAAAUACGUACGUAAGAGUCUUGAAGAUGCCAUCAGUGAAAGUUCUCAACAAGAAUUGGAUUACAUCGAAAGACAGAUAAGACAAGUGAAUGGUCACUGCAAGCAAAACGAAGAAGGUCCUAUUGAAAGUGGCUUCUUACCCGAUGGACACAAACAAAAUAUCAUCAGAUUUUUUUAUUUUAGGGAGAAUGUCUCGGCGGUGCUGGAAAAAAUACCGGAAAUCCAGUCAGAGCAGUCUGUUGACCCUUUAGAAGCGUGGAGCGUAAAAGAAAUAACAAAUAUGAGUAAAAUAUUAUCCUGUAAAAAAGACAUCACGACCACAUUAGAUAAAUAAAGCAUCUUCCGUCAUGUAACCGUCAUAUCUAUAAAAAGAUAAAAUCUGUGACGGCCACAUUUUAUAUAUACACAUACAGUAAGAAGUAGAUCUUUUUCUACUAUAUAUAUUGUAGAUCUUCUUAUAUUAUAUAUGUAUGUAUUGUAUUAU